AUGGAGGAGGACACUGGGGAGGAACCAGGACUGGACAGCCGCCCUGCCCCCACGGACUUCCACUUUUAUCACAUGGAUCUGUAUGACCCUGACAACAGGCUGCUGCUCCUCCCGGAAGAAAGUCCUGGCAUGAGGAGAGAAGUGAUCCAAGCCGAGCGAACCUUCGAGGCCAGAGGGGCAAGGGAGGGGCAGACCCACAGGCAUCUGUACCAGGAAGCGGAUGAGUUGGUCCAUCUCUAUGGUCUUGAAGAUGACCAUGAAUUAGGGGAUGAGAUUAUUGAUGGAAACGUGCCCAGGAUGGGAAUUGAAGAAUAUCCUCCUUACGGGGUGAAGGAGGGAGACCCAGCCUGGGAGCAGCAGGACUGGCGUCUUGGUGAAGAGGUGGCUGAGGCAGGGGACCUGGGCUUUGGAGGGUGGGGCUCCAGGGGCCAGUGCCAAGACCUGCGGGAAGCCUAUCAGUACAGUCAUGGCCGCGCCAGUGAGGAGUAUGAAUGCUACGUGAUCCCGGAGGAGGAGGAUGAGGAAGAAGCUGCUGAUGUCUUCUGCGUCACUUGCAAAACUCCGGUAAGAGCUGCUGAGGACCUUGUCGUGCACAAGGAACACGAAGUGACCCCGCUCAACCAAGCCCUGGAAAGCGCCAAGGAUGAAAUUCACAAGAACAUGUACAAAUUGGAAAAGCAGAUCAUUGACAUGGAAAAUUUCGCAAGUCACUUGGAGGAGGUCUUCAUCACUGUGGAGGAGAAUUUUGGAAGACAAGAACAAAACUUUGAGUCCCAUUACAAUGAGAUCUUGGAAACACUUGCCCAAAAAUACGAAGAAAAAAUCCAAGCUCUGGGACAGAAAAAGAAAGAGAAGCUGGAGUCUUUGUACGGGCAGCUGGUCAGCUGCGGGGAGAACCUGGACACGUGCAGGGAGCUGAUGGAGACCAUAGAGGAGAUGUGUCAUGAGGAGAAGACUGAGUUCAUCAAGGAUGCGGUGGCUAUGGCUGACAGACUCGGGAAAUUCCUGAAAACCAAAACAGAUGUGGAAAUCUCCACGCAGCCUGACUUUGAAGAGCAGACGAUGGACUUCUCAGACGUGGAAGAGCUGAUGGGCUCCAUCAACAGCGUCCCAGCUCCUUCCGCUCCUGUGAUAAAUCCCCAAGCCCCCAACUCUGCCACGGGAUCCUCAGUGCGCGUGUGCUGGAGUUUGUACUCCGAUGACACGGUGGAGAGCUACCAGCUGUCCUACCGGCUGGUGCAGGAUGGCUUGCCCGAGAAAGGCCAAGCAGAAUCUACAGUGACCGUCAAAGAAACAUACUGCUCCGUGAAAAACCUCACACCUAACAGUCAGUACGAAUUUUGGGUCACAGCUCAGAACAGGGCUGGCUCAAGCCCUGCCAGCGAGCGUGCUGUGUACGUAACAGCUCCUUCUCCCCCCAUCGUAAAAGUCAAGGAGAUCCGGAGCUGCGAAGAGGCUGCGCUCAUUUGCUGGGAGUCUGGGAGCCUCAACCCUGUGGACUCGUAUACGGUGGAGCUGACCCAGGGGGAGACGCCAGAAGCCUCGGGUGUCACUGAGUCAAUCGUGGGCAUCCCGACCUGCGAGGCCCUGGUGCGGCUGCAGCCCAGGCAGAGCUACACCAUUUAUGUGCGAGCCCUCAACGUGGGGGGCCUGAGCAUGAGGAGCGAGCCUGCCACGGUCCACACCACAGGAAGUUACUUUCACCUUAACAAGGACACCUGCCACCCUUGUCUGACCAUUUCUGAAGACGGAUUUACGCUCACGCGAAGUGAAAGGAAAGCCUCGACCAGGGAGGUGCCAGCUAGCAGCAACAUUCGGUUCACCAGGUGUGCUGCGGUCCUGGGGAACCUGAUCCCAAUCCGAGGACGCCACUACUGGGAGGUGGAGGUGGGCGAGAGCUUGGACUACAUGGUCGGUGUGGCCUUGGAGGAAGUCCCCAGGCACGAGGACCUGGGUGCAAACCGCCUCUCCUGGUGCAUGCGGCACACGUACACAUCCUUGAGGCAUAAGUAUGAAUUUCUACACAACAGGACAACUCCAGAUCUCAGAAUAACAGUGCCCCCGAAGACAGUUGGCAUCCUACUGGACUACGAAAAUCCCAGGUUGUCCUUUUUCAACGCAGACAUUGCUCAGCACCUCUACUCAUUCAGCUGUGAGCUCCGCCAAUUUGUACACCCCUGUUUUUCUUUGGAGAAACCUGGGUGUCUAAAGAUACGCAACGGUAUCCCAAUACCUAGGCAUGUCACUUUCUACUAG